AUGUCUCAAUAUCUGAAAUCCAUCAAGCAUAUUACUGAUAGCCUUGCCAUUGCUGGAACUCCACUUAGCUCGGCUGCCUUGGUUGUUCAUAUACUUAAUGAACUUGCCCUCCUUCGCCAAAAUUCUGUGAAGUCUUCAUUUGAGACUUUGCCUUAUGCUUUUGCAGCUGUUCAAUUUGGCUCUGGUUCAAUUGUGGUUAUGCUAAGUCAUAUAAUAGAGUGGUAUUCCUCCCACUCCUCAACCCGGUGGUUAUUCUGGCGAUUUCACUGGUGGCUCAUCAUCUGGUGGUUCUUCUGUGCCAUUGAUUGUCAUCAAAGGAUGAACCAUUCUUAUCAAGGUCGAAUUCCUACUGCUCGCCUUGCUGCCAUGGCUGUUGUUCACUCUAGUUCUUUGAAGAAUAAUGAUUGGCUUGCUGAUACUUGUGCUACAAGUCAUGUUACUCCUGAUCUUGGUGCUCUGCAGACUCACUUUGCUUACACUGGUGGUGAACAAAUCCACAUGGGAGAUGGCCAAGCUUGUGUUCAUAUUGCCGAUCCUCCACCUACUCCUCCUGCUUCUCAUCCUCCUCCUCCUACUUCUCAUCCCCCUUCUCCUCCUCCUCCUCCUCCUCCUCCUCCCCCUCCUCCUCUUAAUCAUCCUCCUCCUCCUUCUUAUUCUCCUUAUUCACCUCCACAUCCCCUAUUAAUACUCAUCCAAUGCAAACCCGAGCUAAAAGUGGCUGCAAAGGAUCCAAGGUGGAUUAAGGCUAUGAAUCUUGAAUUUGCUGCUCUUAAACAAACUGGUACUUGGAGGUUGGUUCCUUAUUGUCCUAUUAUGAAUUUGGUGGGGUGCAAGUGGUGUACCGAGUUAAACACAAGUCUGAUGAUACAGUGGAUAGGUUUAAAGCCCGGCUUGUUGCUAAGGGUUUUCAUAAACAAAGUGAAAAUUGCUAUGGUUGGUGUCAAACGAUAUUCCUCUCCUACUUCUGCUGUUUGGUUGGAUGCUACUUCUGGUGAACCAUUGUCUAAUCCCACUGAAUUUCGGGCUCUUGUGAGUGCUUUGCAAUAUCUUACUUGGACGAGGCCCGACAUCUCAUUUUCUGUUAGUCAGUUAUGUCAAUUUAUGCAAUCUCCAAGGAGUCCACAUUUAGUUGCUACUAAGCGGGUUCUUCACUACCUUAAAGGCACAAAGACUGAAGGUUUGUCUUUUACUACGGGUUCUCUUGCUCUUCACUAUUAUACAUACUUUGAUUGGGCAGGGUGCCCUGUGGAUUGA